UAUGCCGACUCCCCUAUGGGAAUUUGGAAAGGUCUAAAUUACCCAGAGUGCUUUGUAUGCAUAUUUUGCACAUGGCGGGCGUCCAUCUUGAAAUUUGUCCCUGUGAUCUUCGCCCAAAGAACCGAGCGUAGAUGCCUCCGUCUGCCUGAUACACGCCGUUUCUGGAUUACCAACGAUAGAAGAAGGACUCUAGAUUCGAGAGGGUCUAGAGUCAUGUCUGAGGGUGACCCUCCACCCAAGAGGGUGAAACUAAGUGAAGAAGAAGUCAGGAAACUACCCAGAGAUGAGUUGGUGAAAAUCUGGUCGGAGCAGAAUGCCUAUGUCCAGUCUCUGGAGACUAAGAACAAUGCAGGGCCCAGCUCAAGUACUGAAUGUGAAGAGCUGACGGGUCUGCGUGAGUCGGAGGAGAAACUGAAGCAGCAGCAGCAGGAGUCGACCCGGCGCGAGAACGUUCUCGUCAUGAGGCUCGCUACCAAAGAACAGGAGAUGCAGGAGAUAGCUAGUCAGAUCCAGGAGGUAAAGCAGGGUCAGACCCCGGGGACAGCACAGCUGCGCACCAUGCUGCUGGACCCUGCUGUCAACCUGCUGUUCACACGCAUGAAACAGGAACUCACGGACAGCAAGGACAAGCUGGAACAGGCGCAGAACGAGCUCAGCGCCUGGAAGUUCACCCCGGAUAGCCAAACAGGGAAGAAGCUGAUCUCUCGGUGCCGGAUGUUGAUCCAGGAGAACCAGGAGCUGGGGCGGCAGCUGUCCCAGGGGCGCAUCGCUCAGCUGGAGGGGGAACUCGCACUGCAGAAAAAGUACAGCGAGGAGCUCAAGUCAAGCCAAGACGAACUGAACGACUUUGUGAUCCAGCUGGACGAGGAGGUAGAAGGUAUGCAAAGUACAAUCUAUGUCCUCCAGCAGCAACUGAAGGACUGCCGCCAGCAGCUCGCUCAGGCUCAACAAGAGCUGUCGAACGCUCGGACAGAAUUGAGCCAAGCCAAACUCAUGGAUAGGACAGAAAGGACUCUGGAGGCGCCCGCCGAGUCAGCCCUCGCCACCACGGAGGGCCUGGGCCCCCGCCACAACCCCGGCCACGCUUGUAAUAGCCUGGCCAACCACUCGUCUACCACCGGUAGUACCGACCUGCCCGCCAAUAACGGCGGUCACGUCUUGACUUCCCUGCGCACCAAGACAGAGCCUAGCGAGGAAGUAGAAAGCAAUUCGUGCAAAACGAGCCAAAAUGCUGCCGAAUUGACUCCCAACUCGGACCCCCUCCCGGAGGGGGCGCAUAAACACGAACAGAACCAAGUCCUGACCACCGCUCUCUUGGAGGAGGUUUCCAACUCAGAUAGUAGCCCUAGUCAGACUUGUUUGGAGGAAAAGACUGCAAUAUCCCUUGACGGUCUCGCCAGUAACGAACCCAAUUCGAUCAUUGGAAGAGACCUUAGCUCCCCCGAACAGACUUCAGAGCAUAAUGGCGUCCCCGACAGCGUUCCUCGUAUAUACGGUCAGGGAACCGCGUAGGUUGGACUGCGCUAGUGGCGCAGAGUCGUUCCAAAUAUUUGUCCGAAGCUUCAAUGUUGUCCAGGUGCUCUCUGUCCUGCGUACGAGAUUGUUUGUGCCUGUUGAUACUAUCUAUUCACCUAUAUUAUGUUGGUAGCUGGACACAAAACCUGAGAGAGAUAAAAAAAGUAUUUCUGUGCUGCAAGCUGUCGUAAUAAGAGUAGCAGGUACACUUUAUAGUUGUAAAAAGGACCCUGUUUAUCAAAGAAAAAAGUCUCUUUGAUUCUUUCUGUGAAUGCUAUGGUAACUCUGUGCACUACUGUAAAUUUGGUAAUGAUCGUUUUCCUGCUGAUGUUUCCUGUGAUCUUGUUCAUCAUCAAGCAUCCUCGGCACUGCAACAAUUUUUAAACAAUUGGAAACAAUCUUUUCACCGAAAGUCCAGGAAAAUUGGUAACCAAGGCCAUUGGUAUCCAAAUCGAAAGGCAUCGUAAAAAGAAAACCUAUAUGUCCCAAUGGAGAUCACUCAUAUUUCUGUUAUAAGUCAUAAGAAUAUGUACUUUACAAAUGGAAGAAUGUCAUAAAAAUAGCUUUCCAGAUGUUUCGUUUGACCAGCGAAAUGGCAAAACUUCCCGUUUCCAUAAGAAUAUGUUCUUGACGAAUAGAAAAAUGCAACACUUUUUAUUGAGUGGUACAAUACUGCAAGUCUCAUUGCUACAGAGAUAAUUUUUAUUGGAGGUAGUACUAGACUGUAUCAAACAACAGGUCUCAUCUUACAGGGUACAUUUUCUUUCACAGGUAUUAAGAAUAGCGGACCAAAACAGAACAAAAAUUGGACUCAAUUGCUUCAAAAUGAAUUCAAUGUGUCCAUCCUUUAAAAAUUGGCAGCUUUUCACAACUUGACAACUGUAGAAAAUGUUCAGUUAUGACCAUUCUGGCUAAAAAUGUUAAACCCUGAAAAUAUCCUCUCUGUAUGUGAAUGUAUGGUAUCUUUCUUCAACAUGUUUCGUUUUUAACCUUACAAAAGACAAAGAGAUUUUGACUCAAAGAAAAGCAUUACAGAUAUAACUGAUUGCUGUGGGAGGGGGGUGGUACAUUAAACAAUGGUUUUGAACAAGGUCAUAAUGUAUGUAAUGUAUGUACAAUUUUGCCAACCUUUCUAUCUGUUUUCAGUGUAUAUUCUGGACAAAUUUGAUCUCAAUCACCUCUGUGAGUUGAUUGCUGACCCCUUUCGCUUCAGGUGGGGUAAAAAGCAACUCUGAUAUGUAAAAGAUCUUGUUAGAACCUACCCAAAUGCUUAAACAGACAUGUUACGUUGGUGCAUUUAUAUGUUUUCUACUGGGAAGACCCAAAUCUUGACAACAAGUCGCUCAGAGAUGUGUCUAUAAAUUUUGGUUGCAGUUUUCUUGGAGGCUGACGUCUUUAUGAGUUCCAGGUGUACACACGUUAAAGCCAAAGCCUCGGAUUCUUGUGGUCCUGAAAAAUAAAGUUCACCUAAUUCUGCAGAA